AGCGUUCUCACGAUUCAGACAUUUUUAAACAGGGAUACAGCUUUCUCCUUCACCUCCAUUGCUAGCAGCCUAUUUGCUUAAAUUCACCAUUUCUCGCCGGACACAGAAAACGUUAAUUGAAUAUUUAAUUUCACCAAAAGCAUAUCUCGUUAACCGUUCGCUUGCCCGCUGCUAAAGCCGUAUUAUCAACAGUAUAUCGCGGCAUGGUAUUCCGAAAUCGAAGUACUAGUAAUCGGUCAAAACUGAUCAGACUCAUUGUGGGGGAAAAUCCCCAUCUGAGACCAGUUCUGUAGGUUUACAGCUUGAUCCCGCAAAACACUCCUCAGUUGAAGGAGGAGGAUUUGAUCUGUUUUAUGUCGGGAUUGGACUAUCCCACUUCCAGUCCACCUAUCAGCGCCCAGUCGUCCGCUCUCCCUGCCAGACAGCCUUAUUUGCAGGGAAAUCGUGCGAUGGUGCUGGGAAAGUAGCGGAAUCUGCAACAUUUUCUGACGGGGAACAUGAAAAGCUGUGUGCUGUGGUCAGCCUGGACACCUGAGAGACUGAUGGACCAGCAGUCUGGAGGGAGCUGGGAAGGCCGCCAUGUCAUCAUGUGUUUCAAGCCAGCCUGCUGCUGAGAAGACGUCUGUGUGCAGGAAUGAGACGAGCAGAAGGAGCAGGAAGGCCAAGCAGGAGCAGCAGCAGCAGCAGCAGAAGCAAGCCGACCUCAUCUGCAGCAUCUCUGUCCUGAGCCUCCGCACAGGCAUGGACUCCCUGAUCGUGGUGACGGAGUACGAGCCCAGCCCGGCGGAUGGGGCAGGGGGGCCGCAGGCUGGGAUGGAGUCGGAAGACACGGACAGCGGCUCCCACACGGCCGAACCCGCCGCUCCGCCCGGCGACAGACUCGCCGAAGUGGGAACCCCCAAGUCCCUGUCCCCCACCCCUCCCUGCUCCGACACCUGGGAGGCCAGCAGGGCCAGGCUCAACCUGUCCGACAGGAAGCUGUCCCUUCAGGAACGCUCCCAGACGGCCCCCUCUCCCGGAAGCUCGCCGGGACACAACGGACGUUACAUCUACCCCUCGCUGCCCUACUCCCCGAUCACCUCGCCGCACUCCUCUCCCCGCCUCCCCCGCAGGCCCACCGUGGAGUCUCACAGAGUCUCCAUCACCGAUCUCCAGGAUUGUGUACAGCUCAACCAGUACAAGCUGAAGGAUGAAAUUGGAAAGGGCUCCUAUGGAGUUGUCAAGCUGGCGUACAAUGAGGAUGACAACACCUACUAUGCAAUGAAAGUGCUGUCUAAGAAGAAGCUGGUGAGACAGGCUGGAUUUCCGCGGCGGCCCCCCCCCCGGGGGGCGAAAGUGCCACCGGAGGGCCCCUCUCAGCCCAAAGGCCCCCUGGAGCGAGUCUACCAGGAGAUCGCCAUCCUGAAGAAGCUGGACCACCCCAACGUGGUCAAGCUGGUGGAGGUGUUGGAUGACCCCAGUGAGGACCACCUGUACAUGGUUUUUGAACUAGUUAAACAAGGUGCUGUGAUGGAAGUCCCAACAGAUAAGCCUCUAACUGAAGACCAGGCCCGCUUCUAUUUUCAGGAUCUGCUGCGAGGAAUUGAGUUCUUGCACUACCAGAAGAUAAUUCACCGGGACAUCAAGCCGUCCAAUCUGCUGGUCGGAGAGGACGGGCACAUCAAGAUCGCUGACUUCGGUGUCAGUAACCAGUUUGAGGGCACUGACGCCCUGCUGACCAGCACAGUGGGCACCCCCGCCUUCCUCGCUCCCGAGACCCUGUCCGAGACCCGGAAGAACUUCUCUGGCAAGGCCCUAGAUGUGUGGGCGAUGGGUGUGACUCUAUACUGCUUUGUGUUUGGACAGUGUCCAUUUAUGGAUGAUCGCAUUCUGAGCCUCCAUCAGAAAAUUAAAAACCAGCCGGUGGAGCUGGCCGAGCAUGUAGAUGUAUCCAGAGACUUGAAGGAUCUGCUGUUCAAGAUGUUGGAUAAGAAUCCUGAAACAAGAAUUACUGUGCCACAGAUAAAGGUGCACUCCUGGGUGACAAGGCAUGGCGCCGAGCCUUUGCCCUCAGAGGAUGAGAACUGCACCCUCAUUGAGGUCACCGAGGAGGAGGUGGAGAACUCUGUGAAGCACAUUCCCAGCCUAGCCACAGUGAUCCUGGUGAAAACCAUGCUGCGGAAGCGUUCCUUUGGGAAUCCCUUUGACUGGGGCAGACGGGAGGAGCGUGGCCUCUCCGCGCCUGGAAAUGGACUGACAAAAAACAAGUCUGGAAAUGUGAAAAACUGCAGCAUGCAUAGUAACCAAAGGAAACAGGAGAGCGGCGACAGUGGCAAGAGCUCGGACCUGCCCUAUGUUGGGGAAGACGAGGCCCUGUUGUGACUCUCACAGCCCCGACCUGCCCAGAGUGGUUAUCUGUGCAGUGUGCCCUUGUGAUAUGCAUGCCUUUAAACACAAGGUAUUUCUGCUGGCUCCUGCAGUGUGGCAUCCAAAUGCGCCGUUUUUUCAGCGGCCCCAGGACAGGAGCCUGCGUUGCAGUUUGGUCCGCAGUGGGAUUCUCGUUUAAAAGAUUGCUGUUUUUUUGUUUCCAUGCUGAAAGGAAAAAACACGCCUGGCCCAAAUCUCUCGUUGCCACUGGUUUUGUAAUAUAUUUGAAAAUAAAAUGUUAAGGGGUUUGCUUGCAGUGUACAGUAGCAUAUCACAAAAGGAAAUUAUGCAUUUUAUAUGUCAGGUAAUGUUGUUCAAGCAGUACUGUUAGUGCUAUAGCAACCAGUAAGAAGGUUUUUCAUAUUGAGUAUACAAUGCUUUAAAUAUCGUUUGAAAAUCUAUAACAGUUUUUGCAUAAUGUGAAUUGCUUGCUUAUAUAGAGCAUUAUAUUAUCUGAGCUCAUAAGCUUACAAGCCUGCUGCUAUUUGAAAGACUGAAGCCAAGUAUGUUGAAUAGUUUUAAGUGCUGUUUUGAAGUUAAAGUACAGUAUUGAAUAUUGGACAAAUGGAAAAUAUUGUGCAGGCGGCAGGCAUAGGAUAUAUCUGAAUAGAACUCACUAAUAUAUAGCUCAAUAUUAUGUCAUGAUAUUCAAAAAACUAAUUGAAUUCUAGUAUUCUGUGACCUGUAUAUCAUAGUCAAUGAAAAUUCAUACAUGGCAGAUUGCUGUUUUGCAUGAAUACACAGUUUAGUUUCACAUAGCUAUGUGGUACUGUAGUGGGAUUUUGGCAAUUGAUGCAAUUGCAAAUUACUGCAUAUAAACAAGAUAUAUCUGUGAAGAAUUAUCUCCAGAGAAGAUCUGGCUGAAUGUCUCUUGUGUUAUGCACAAAUUGGCAGUAAUGGAUGCCUCCUGGCUUUGAUGCUAUUUUUGUAUGGUAAUUUUUUCUAUUGCUCUAUAUAGGCAGAAAGUAGGCUAGUUGCAGAUAUGACAGAUGAACUAGCAAGCUCUGCUUAAUUUCCUGUAUGUGAACUACAGAAGAGGUUUGAAGUAAUGCUUCCACAUGCUGUCUGGUUGUAGGAAACCCGUUCCCUUAACACGGGAACAGUGGAGUUUGUCCUUGAAUGAAAUGGAUGGAAAAAACAGGAUUCAUUGUAAUACAAAUGGCAGAGCAGAUAAGUGUUGUCUGAAAGUAAAACCAGUCAAUGAAGUACUGUACCUUAUAAUUCACAUGAUGCUGUCUUUAGUAUAUGGUGUGCAGUGGCAGACACUUUCAGUUUGCCAAGGGAACUGACACACACAACCUCAUUUCACUAUCAGGCGUUAACCAAUGAACUUCCUUAUCAAAGUGUUGUGUAUUAUAGCGAUGUGUGUUGUGAAUUUAAAAAAAACUAAAGUGCUUGACCGGGAUCAAGCAGAAGCAUGUUUUUGUAUGACUGUGCAGACCCGACAGCUCAAGAUGUCUGCUACCUUCUUGUGCUUCGCAGUGCGGAGCAGCUGCUCCCAGGAAGCCCUUCCCUGCUCUGUGGGUGCAUGGCUCUGUUUCAGGGGGAAAUGGGUCAAUAGUGGCUGGUGGCAGCGUUACUUGUAUUUCUCUGGAGCUGACGUAUCCAUUCAAGUACUGGUGCGUAAAGAAGUAAGGUGCUCAGCCACUGUUUUUUUAAUAAUUAUUCAGCACUAGUUAUAAAGCACUGAAAGCCUUUGCAUAAAGUGAAUCUGCAGUUGGCAAGAGCCCACUCCAAUGUUUUUGUGCGACAGCCCGGCUGCUGUGCAAAUUCUCGUGGAAACUCUCACACCUUCGUAUCCCGAUUGGAUUCGCCACACACACAUUGUUUCUGGUUCAGGAUUUCUGUUACAUGAAAGACGAGAGACGGAAAAGUUCUGUUGUUUUUUUCUUUUGUUUUUUUUUUUCUUUUAUCAAUGAAUUGGCUGCAUCACUCUGCUCUCCUCCCC